AUGUCAAAUGUAUUAUUUUAGUUUGACAGUAGCAAAAUAAAAAAAUAUAUUUUAGGAUUUGUAAGGAAAGGAAAAAUUUUACAUAGUAUAAUUGUAAAUGGGUUGCAAUUCAUGCGAACUGCAUUCACAUUACAAUGACAAAAAUUUAUUAAAAUUAUUUUACCGCUAAGUCUACAACAAUUUAGUAAACAAAAUAAUUUCUUAAGUGUGAAAUUAGUUCAUUAGAAGUUGCAUUGAUUAUAAAAAAUGGGGGAUCUUCACACAUCUUUGGAUCAAUAUCAAGACCAGGUUAUUGUUUUAAAUUUGUCAAUGGUAAAUCAAGCCUUAGAAAACACGAAAGAUGGGGACGAACGAGAAUCGCUUUUAACAUUAAAAGCAAAUUUGCAACAACUUAUUCAAUUGACGAAAGAAAGCUUGGAUACUAUGUGCAUAAACUCUAAGCCAGUGGAAUCAUCAGAUAGUAAUGCAACACAAAAUAAAAAUGAUUUGGAUGAUGAAUAUGCAUUGUUUAUGCAAGAAAUGGCUGAAACAGAUGCUUACAAUUCCAAAGACACACAGGAGCAAUCAGAAUCUGCAGAUAAUAGUGAUAUUGAGGAUGAACUUUCAAGUCUGCCUGGGAUGAAAUGUGCUGUGUACUACACUCACAAGUGGGGUGGCCAGGCAAGCCUACAUAAUGCUAUGGUCAGUGCCAUUGUACCACGUCAAGAUGAUGACCAAUUUACAGAUCUUCAGGUUUGUGUGUUGUUCACGCAUCCUACCCACGCCGAGAUGUUGCCUUGUCCCUUUUUCUUAAAUGGUGAAUGCAGAUUCGACAAUGAACAAUGUAGAUAUUCUCAUGGCUAUGUGACUCCAUUGUCAGCUUUGAAAGAAGCUAUUGAACCUAAUUUUGCAUCAGUUAAAGUUGGUAGCAGAGUGUUAAUAAAGUUGAGGCCACCAGAUGAUGAAGAUAUUAAUUUAACAAAAAAGGCUUCAGAGAAAUACCAUUUAUGGCACAGAGCUGUAAUAAAAAGUAUAAAUUCAGAAAACAAUACUUGUAUAGUGAAAUUAGAGCAGCGGCUCACAACUGGUGAAAAAAGGAAAGUGGAUUCUAAUGAGUAUAAUGUUCGUAUAGAAGACAUCUAUCCAUUAUCCGUUGAAAAUGAAGCGGAUAGUGAUUCCAGCGACGAUCUAUCCGAUACCGAGUACCCUGAUACGAAAACAGCACGAACCGGUGCGGAUCAACGAGCUGCACUUGUUCAAAAGAGUCUACAAAACAAUUCUCCCGCCAUGGGAGAGUGGGAGCGUCAUACUAGAGGUAUUGGCUCAAAGUUGAUGCUGGCGAUGGGUUACGUACCUGGUACGGGAUUAGGUGCAAGUGGAGAGGGCCGCGUGCAGCCGGUUGAAGCUCGAGUGCUGCCCGUCGGCAAGAGUCUUGAUCAAUGUAUGGCGAUCUCAGAAAAAAAUUCUGCGCAAGAUCCGUUGAAGGUGGAACAGAGGUUAAAGAGGCUUCAGAAGAGAGAAGAAGAUCGAAAUAAGAGAGCUUACGAAAGAGAAAAAGAGAGGGAGAGAAGAAACGUUUUUAAUUUUAUUAAUAAAACACUAGGGGAUAAACCUGAUCAGGAGUCACCAGCUGUAGCCGCAGCCGCAGCCGCCGACGUAAAACAAUCUUCAAGCAAAGAUUUAAAUAUAGAACAAUUUAAAAUAACGGAAGACACGAAAAAAAUUGAACGUGAUAUUAUAAAACUUAAUAAUUCGUUGAUUAAGUACCCGCCAGGUACCAACGGACAUCGCAGUAUAAACUUGAAAAUUUCGGAAAAAACUAAAGAGCUUAGUGCUUUACAAAACCGCGAGCGGGAUAUUGUAAAAGAACAGAGACAACGGAAAGACAAACAUAAGAUGACAGUUUUUUAACAAUGCCUUGAGUGCAAGUUUCUGUUUAUUUGUUAAUAGAAAAUAUUACUUUUAUGAAACUAUGCUGUUUCAACUAAUAGAUAAAUACCUUUAGUAGACUAGAUCCCAGGUAAUUUGCGUAAGAAAACCAUUCACCGAGUGUUGACCAAACUGACAUUAGAACUCGGGACCUCACAACCUAUAUACAGGCAACAUAUUUUUCUCGCUGCUAAUGUGUAAAAUAAAUUAUUAAUGAUUAAAUUUUGCAUUACAUUGUGCUAAGUCAUCUCCCCUGGCGUUGAUAGAUUUAACUGCAAACACACUUAAUAAUUUAUAUUUUUUGGGCGGCUAGUUCCGGUUGGUAUAAAAAAAGAAAAAAACAGACCCUCACAAUCCCCUUCAAACGAAAAAAUAAUUUAAUUUUAUACCACUAGAAAUAUCCAAACGUUAUCUCGUUCGUUUUGGAAGAUACAGGACUCCAAAUUUCCCUCAGAAUGACUGCCAAAAAUCGGCCUGAUCUAACGUAAUUAUCGAAACUAUUAAUUAUGAUUUAGGACCAACGAUAAAACGAAUUCUGAUUUUGUAAUCAUAAAUUUAGGUUACAGAGCUAACAUUGAAGCAAAAGAGUUGAUGUUCGUCAUGGGGGUAUUUAAUAAUAAAACCUUUGAAUAA